AUGCCCGCCGCCGCCGCCGCUGCCGAGACGACCGAGAUGACGAAGAAGACGCCCAGGAGGUCAAAGGCCGCAGUCGAGAACGGCGAUGGCAACGAAGGCGAAGGAGGGGCAGCCGGCCAGACGAAGAAGACGCCCCGAAAGCGCAAGUCAGAUGUUGACGGAGCGGCCUCGACAAAACGGAAGCGCAAGAGCAAGCCAGGCGCCGGCCAGAACGCCACUGAUGCGAUCAUGGUCCCGGUGACGCUCGACGGAGCUGAUGGAAACACACAAGCCCAGACGAGGGCCGACGAGAUGGUACAGAGCAGCGUGCACUCGCACGCACUGCUCAACGUGCCACCGGCCGAGGCGACCAGACGCCGCGAGACGGCUAUCCGGCUGCUGUCCGAGGGUGGGGUCGAGCCUGAGACGUUGUCGACUGACCAGUUUGGCAUCUUUGCGAACCAGUCGCCGGACCUGCAGAAGGAGUCGCUCAUCAUGCUCGCGAGGUACGGCGCUGAGCGUCUUCGCAUCGUCCACCCCAAGGACCAGGCUGCUUCCGAGACGCCCAGUGGUGGCGAGAGCUCAACUGAGCAGACCCCGCAGCCAGCGAACGGCGAAGCCGCUGUCGAGCCUGGUGCGAGCAGCGUCGAGCCGACCGUAGCUGUCGGAAAUAUUGCAGGCGGAAAAAAGGCGGCGAAGCCCAAGCUCACGCGAGGGGCUUGCACGCCGUGCCGCUCCAGCCGCACUAAGUGCGACCGUACAAAACCAUCAUGCGACGCCUGCAUCGUCGCUGACAUUAGCUGCGAGUAUCCCCUCCAGCUGAAUCGCGGACCCAGGGGCGAGAGCAGCGGCAAGCCUGCCAAGCCAAGAAAGUCUGCUGCACGAAUCGAACCAGACACAGAGCCUGAGGAGGUCGAAGAUCCAGAGCCCGACGACAUCGAGACCAUCGACUACACUUCGAACAUGCCCGUGGCCAGCGUGGUCACGCCAGCAGCAGACUUGAGUACUCAAGAUUACUUCAACACGGGCUCCGGGGGCCUAUCGUUCCCCCAGACGAACCACCCCGAUGUGCCGGUCAUCAACCCUUCCAGCGUGACAUACCCAGCACCACCGCCAGCUGCCGAGAAAACAUUCUCUGAAGUACACGCAGCCGUCGUGUCGCCGCCGAAUCCGCGACAGACAAACGGUCGCCGCAGCCUGCCUUCUGGUCCCACCCAAGCGGCGCCGGACGCCAAACAGACGCAAGCUCAGAUCGACUACGCAUGUGGCUGGCAGCAAGGGGCAUUUUAUGACGCGGCCCGGAGAGCGCAGCACACGGUCGCCUACUCUCGCCAAGCAAAGCAGCGAGGCAGCAUCAGCAGACCAACAAGCCUCGCCGACUGUUCAGCCCGCACAAACCGUUACCCCAUCCCAGACAUCUCCCUUCCAGGCGCCUGGCAGACUGCUAGAGUCAAGUCGCGGACCGGGCAAAGGGGCCAGACCCCGCAUGGCGCCCAGCGCACGUCGACGCCGUCGCACCACACGGUGCAGCAGACCCGAUCGCCUGCAGCCCCGCCCCCGACCGUCGCCGCACCGAACUACAGCGCCGCGGCCGACCUGACGGCCCUGUCACAGCAGAGCGCGUACAGCGUGCGCUAUUCGAGCGCAGCGGACCAACAAACUGCGCCGAUGCGACUCGGGUACGAGCCAUACUCGGUCCAAACCGCAGCCUCCAGCUCCACGUAUCCCGCGCAGAGUGCCUACAGCAACAGAUCAUCAUCCACAUCCCACCUACCUACGGUUCAGGCUUCUCAACAACCAGCCACUUCAGACUACAGUACGACGACGGCGGCGGCCGACCAGACUUGGCCGGACACCCAUGGUCGCGCCGGCCAAACCUACAGCACCGGCACAUCGAGCGCCUCGACCUCAGCCCAGCACCAACACCACCAGUCUACGUCUCUGCAGCAGUUUGACAUGCGCUCCAAGGGUCCAGGACACCAGCAGCCUCGUUCCCAGCAGCAGCAGCAGCAACUGCAGCAGCAGCAGCAGCAGCAGCAACAGCCAUAUGGGAGCUACACCCCUCAGCAGCAGCAGCAGCAGCAGCAGGCGCAGACGUCUACAUCGUCCCGACAGCAACAGGGUCACGAGCAGACGCAGUCCGCAGCUCAGCAGCAGGGUUCGUGGUAUGGUAGCUUCGGGUCCGGCUCUUCUUCCUUUGUACCUGCCAACGCGACACCCGGGUAUGGUACCCGUAGCAGCGGUUCUGCGGGGUACGGGAGCGGCACCGCGAGCACGGCGUCUUACGGCCAGCAGCAACACCCUCAGCAGCAGCAGCAGCAGCAUCGACAGCAACAGCACCAUGGCCUGUCUAACAUGCCGGCCCACGGCUACGGGGGAGCGGACGGUGAUAUUUUUGAUCUUCUCAAGACGGGCAUGAAUUCGCGGUAG